GUCAAUCUAUUAUUAUCAAAAUGGCGAACAAGGAAGAAGAAAUGGAGGUUGAAGAGAGUGAAGUUAUGCCAAUACAGCAGCGAGAAUAUCACGACCAUGGCACUGCCAUCCCACACCAGGAGCAGGUCCUUAACAAAGCAGGGAAAUUCGUAUUUCAAACAGGACUGGAAACAGACUUGGUCCAUUUUCUCCAAUUUGGACAUAGAGGGAAACUGUAUACAGCUGAAUAUCACAGGAUAAAGUUACAAGACGCAGAGUGUGUCACAGAAUUAAUCAAAAAGGGAUCAGGCAAGCAGGCAGUAAAAAUAAUCAAACAAUUUUGUGAAAGAAAUCUCGCUUACAAGCAAGAAUACCCAAUAUUUGCUCUGGCCAUAUGCUGCAGGUCUUCCGAUCUAGACACGAAACGUGAAGCUUACGAUUCUCUUCCAUCUGUUUGCAGAAUCCCAACACAUUUAUUUAGAUUUAUCAAGAAUUGCCAGGAAAUCAAUAACCAGAUAGAUAAAACUUCUGGGUGGGGGAGAGCACAUCGACAAGCCAUAAACGACUGGUACAUACGACAUGGAGCAGAAGAACGCACUCUGUGUCGUCUGGCUUCUCAUUUGACCAAAUAUGGAAAACGAAGCGGCUGGACUCAUAGAAGUGUCCUUCGUCGUGCCCAUAUCAAAGUAAAUAAAAAUUACCCUCGCUUGAAUGUUAAAAAAAACAACCCUGCUUUGAAGUAUCUUAUUAUGCUUGGUACAAAGGGUAAAAAAUUUGCUGACGAUGAUGCUUUUACCAUUGCUGAACAAAAGAAAGAAGAUUAUGGAUCAUCAGCGUUGGCGAAGGUGAAAUCUUUUAUCGAUCGGGUUGAAGAAGCAAGGAAAUCACAAAAUGCAGGACAAGUUCGUCAACUAAUUUUGAAGCACAAAUUAACCAGAGAACACAUUUCCAAUCGCUUUUUGAAUGAUAAAGAAGUUUGGAAGGCCCUUAUCCGCCAUAUGCCAAUGACCGCUAUGAUCCGUAAUUUAGGGAAAAUGUCAAAGUUAGGAUGCUUUGAAGAACACGACUCGUUUGAGGAAAAUUUGGUCCUGGACAAACUUAAAGAUACGGAGUUGAUAAGCAAGGCGAAUGUACACCCAAUCACAUUUCAGAUUGCACUCAACCAAUACAAAACUGGAAAAAGCAGAGAAAGAACACUUUCAAUAAAUAGAAAGAGCAGGACAGCUCUCACCUGGACAGUUUCACAAGGAGUUGUCGAGGCUCUGGAGAAAGGCUUUAUCGUCGCUUGUCGUAGAUAUACCCCCACAAAGAAGAAUAUCUUGUUGUCAGUGGAAGUAGGAAGAUCUCUGGAGGAUACGUUACCAAUUUAUGUUAGAGGAAUGCAAUCACUUCAGACUUUAGAUGCUGCGAUGACCAUGAUAAAAAUAAUGAAACAAAUCGAACCAAGCUGUGAGGUUAUUGUAUUUACAAAGAGUGGCUUGGCUUUGCCCGUCGAUUCUUCCCAAUGUCAUGAUGAUAUUUACGAAAUAUUACAAGAAUCUUCAGCGACUGAUGGAUCUCUAGCAUUCAAGUACGCCCUGGAAAACAGGAAAUAUCAUUACGACGCUUUUAUCGUUCUAACAAAUUCUGAAUGGUCCUCAUCAGAAAAUGUCCAUCCAUCAGAUGCGUUUAAAAUUUAUUGCGACGCAGUGGGAACAUCUAGACAAAACAAACCUAAACUUGUAGUCUGUAAUAUGGUGUCCUCUAAAGUCACUAUUGGAGACCCCAAAGAUUGCAGAACCUUGACCAUCAAUGGUUUCGACUUGCAUGUGCCACGAGUUAUAAAUGAUUUUAUUGGAGCAGAUGAGUGACACCGAAAGUCUAUAAACUAUCUGGAUCGUGUCCAUUUACAAGUCUUCAGACCAAUUUCAUUUUAG